AUAAAGUUUUUCUUUUCUUUUACAAUCACAUCUUGUCUUGGAUACAAUUCAGUCCAGUUCCUGGAAAAGUCUGACCUCAUCAGCCUCACAACUUGCUACCUCUCAAGUACAUCUGUGUAACUGGAAACCAAGCGUAGGGCUGUGCACUGGACAUCAUGGCAUUAAGGAAGAUCUGAAAAAAGAAGGCAGAGGAAGAAGGCGGCCCAGGAAUUAAGUGAUCUGGAGAGAGAGCUGCUCUCAUUUGUACAUACUGCAUUUCCUGGUGUGGAGACAUUUAUACUGUUGCUCUCCUGGUAGACCACAAAAGAACAUGAGUCAUUAGGGCUAUUAAUCUCAUACUUUUUAAGCACUUUGAAGGGGCGGGGGUGCUAUUUUUCCAUAUGAAAUUUCACAUCUGUUAUUUAUGCUUUUAGCUCCCUGGAGGAACAUGUUUUAAAAUGAAAAAUGCAGAUACAUUAAAGGUAAUCAAAAUUAUGUUAAUCAUAGUAUUGUAAUGCACUUGUACUCUCCUGAUGUCUGGUCUUGGGCAGCACGGAUAAUACUGAUCUUCAACCAUUGUAACUUUUUUUUUCUCUGGGAAGUUUCUUCAUUAUAGUGCCUGCUGUGCCUCUUUUACUAGUCUUUUUCUAAGGUUUCUUUCCACUUCUGCAAUAUUUGAUUAAGUGAACUGGUAUGGGUGAUGAGAGAAUAUAGAGAUCAAUUGCAUUUGUCUUUGUGGUCACAGUUGCUUUUGGAUUGUUUGCUUGUCACUUUACUUUCUGCUGUGAGUCACAUGACAAUACACUAGAAGCAAUAAGAACCUAUCCCUUUCCUGUAACUUCAUGGGAAGAAGAAACAGAACCGGCUCCAGACACAUUUCAGCUAUCAGUCUGCCUGGAUCUGAUUCCUGGCCUCUUGGUCAAAAAAAAUGAGCGCGGAUGUACACAAGCUUCUCUUCUCCCUCACUGAGGAUCUGAACUCGGAGAACUUAGAGGCUCUGAAGUUUUUGAGCCUGGAGUACAUCCCGAUGAAAAAGCAAGAAAGCAUCCAGGAUUCCAAAGAUUUCUUCCAAAAGCUGCAGGAGAAAGGCAUGAUAGCAGAGGAUGAUCUGACCUUCAUAAAGGAGCUGCUGUUCAGAAUAAACCGCAUAGACCUCCUGACUGAUAAACUGAGAUCCAGCAGAGAAGAGAUGGAGCAAGAGCUUAAAAUCCCAGGCAAGGCUAAGAUUUCAACAUACAGGCUUCUACUUUAUAAAAUUGCAGAAGAAUUAACUGAAGAUGAUAUUGUUAAUGUAAAAUUCCUGCUGCAGACCAGCAUAGCAAAGAACAAACUCCAGAACAGCACAACAGUAUUGAAGAUCUUCAUUGAAAUGGAAAAAAUUGGGAUAAUGAAUGACGGUGAUUUGAAGGUGCUGAAGGACAUUUUACAGAGACUUAGAUGUGAUCUGGUAAAAAACAUUAAUGCCUAUGAAGAAGAAAUAAAAGGUUCUUCCAUGUUCCUCAUUGGUCCUGGUCAUCAGGAAGUUGCCUGCUCCAAACCAAAUGAAUCUGUUGACUUGGAGGAAAUGACAAUACCCCAGCUCAAGAGACCCUAUAAGAUGGAGAAUUAUCCUCAUGGCUAUUGCGUGAUACUGAACAACUACAAUUUUAAAGAUCCUGAUAAUACCAGGAGUGGUGCAGACAAAGAUUCUGAUGUUAAAAUGCGCCUUAAGGAAAGAAAAUUUGUCUGUUCCAGGAAGAAGCUAUUAUUUACAAAAGAGGCUCUGAAGAAGGUCUUUACAUCCCUGCAGUUUCAGAUAAUAGAGCACUCAAACCUAGAAGCAAAGCAAAUGUUGGAGAUAAUGCAAAUGUAUAGCAAAAAAGACCACAGCAAUAUGGACUGCUUCAUUUGCUGCCUCCUCUCACAUGGUGAUAAAGGCCAACUAAAAGGGACUGACUGGAAAUCUGUACCUAUCAAAGGGCUGGUCUCCUGCUUCACUGGAUCUAACUGCAAAUCACUUGCUGGCAAACCCAAGCUCUUCUUUAUUCAGGCCUGCCAAGGCACACACAAACAGCAAAGUAUCUCUGUGGAAGAAGAUAGUUGUCAAAAACUUGAGACAGAUGCUUCUCCUUUGCCUUCAGUUCCUGACUGGGCUGAUAUCCUAAUUGGCAUGGCUACUGUGGAAGACUAUCAGUGCUAUAGGUACACAGACAGAGGCAGUGUGUACAUUCAGUGCUUUUGCAAGGAAAUGGAAUCCCUUUGUCCACACCACGUGGAUCUGGUGACCAUCCUGACAAAUGUGAACAAAGAUGUGGGAGACAAAGUGUUUCAGGGAAGUAAACAAAUGCCAGAAAUAAUAUCAACCCUGCGGAGACAACUCAUCUUCUAGACCCCAACAACACUACCAGGCAACCAGAGACAGGAAGUCCAUGAUGUGUGACAUUAGGAGUCACUGCUGGGAAGGGUUGAAUUUGCACUUCAGCAGGAUAACUGAAUUGGAUCUGUUCAGUUAGGUCCUGAUCCUGCCAAGGUAUUCAGGGUCCUCAGCUUGGAUUUCCAUAGCUGUACUUCCUCAGUCUCCUAACAGCAUAUGCAAAUAAAAGGGACUAGAAUAGACCCCCAUCUCUCUACUUCAAGAAGACAGGAAGAUGCUCAGGACCUUGUCAAGAUUGGGCCCUUGGUCCUUAUUUCACAUGAAAUAACUCCCCAGUGGACCCUGACUUGGAAGCACUGUUGGAUUUAUACAACUUGUGUCAGAGCAACUAGUACUAUCUACAAUCAUGAAAAAGAUCUGUAAAUUUGGGAUGCAAACUGAGGGUGCCAUCCCAGGAAAGCUUCACAUGGUUCUAGCACCACUUUCUUUGCCAGUAUGGAUUUCUUCUGGACUUGUCAUGGUUCUCAGGAAAAAAACCCACAUCCUUUCCCAGAAUGGCUAGGGAAUAGGAUACAGACAUAACAUACUUAACCAGCUCCUUUGGGAGGAUGUGUUUUACAAGCAUUAAUUAAUUUCAUGAGAAUCUCUGUUUGCUUUACAGGCAUUACUUAAUUCACUUUAACAGCACAAUAGCUUUCAGGAUUUACAACAAAAUGUAAAAGGAAGGGCUCCCCCACUUUUCCCUGGAUUCUCUCCAGUUUCUCUGUAGUGAAUAGCUAUUUGACUACCAGAGAGGUCGGGAGGUAGGUCUCUUUUAGAGGCAGAUGACUUUGUUACUUUCAUGUGUGCUUCUCCCUGGCUCCAUGAGCAUUGAUGGUUGGCUCUGGGCAGUAGGGAUCCCUUUCCUUAUGUUAGAUGUCAAUAAAGAAGUUGUG